UUUGCUUUAUUGGCUUCCAGCUUUCUCUUCCUGCCUACACGCGGACUCAUACGGUUCUUCUUCUCUAUAUAUGGCCAAGGCGCUUCCCAACCCUACUUUCACGAUUCCCAUGAUGAUGGAGAAUGGCGGCGGCGGCGGCGGCGGCGGAGGAGGAGAUUUCUGCUUAAAACUGCCGGAGGGCUGCAUAGCCGAUAUUUUGGCGCUGACGGGUCCGCGGGGCGCUUGCCGGCUGGCGCUGGUGGCGUCGACCUUCAGAUCCGCCGCCGAGUCGGACGCCGUCUGGGAGAGGUUUCUUCCCGCCGAUUACAAGGAUAUUCUCGCUCGCGCCGUCCUUGAUUUUAACUCUCCGCCCCCGGCCUCCAAGAAAGGCCUCUAUCUUUGGCUUUCCGAUCAUCCGCUUCUGAUCGACGGCGGCACUAAGAGCUUCAAUUUGGAGAAGUCAAGUGGAAGGAAAUGUUACAUGUUAGCUGCACGGGACCUGGCAAUUGUCUGGGGCGAUACACCCACAUACUGGAGAUGGACACCUCUGCCUGACAGCAGGUUCUCAGAAGUGGCUGAGCUUCUUGCGGUAUGCUGGCUUGAAAUUCGUGGUAAAAUAAGCACUAGGAUACUAUCUCCAAACACAACCUAUGCCGCAUUCCUGGUCUUCAAGUUAGCCGCAGUAGCCUAUGGAUUUGAAUACCUGCCUGCAGAUGUAGCCAUGGGAAUUAGUGGGGGUGAGCAUAAAACUCAAACUGCUUAUUUAGAUCCUGUGGCAGGGCAGAGGCCCCAAAUCCGACGUCACGUGUUGCGUCGGCAUGUGGCCCAACACAGAGAAGGAGACAAUCAAUAUCCCAAGGUGAGAGAAGAUGGGUGGAUGGAGGUUGAGUUGGGUGAAUACUUCAACGAGGGAGGCGAAGAAAGAGAGCUGGAAAUGAGUGUGAUGGAGGUGAGGGGCCGUCACUGGAAGAGAGGCCUCAUCAUUCAAGGGAUUGAUAUCAGACCAAAGGUGGAUCAGUAAAAAUGAUUUAGAAGAAUUAUUAUAAGUUCGCUAUCUCAAUGGAGCGAAGAGCUAGUGAUCAUGUCAGCUCCUGCAGUUUUAUAUUUAGUUAGUAGUCCACCUUAUUGAAUCUAUGGGGUGAAAUGGGGGAUGUGUGGGGGGUGUGAAGUUGGGGAGUCUCGAGUUUUGUUGAUACAUAUGUGUUGACUAUAAUGAUGGUCCUCCUCCAUCUCCUCCUCCUUUGUUGAUUUCAUCCUGCAUAUUGUUGUCUUCCAGAAGGAUCUGUGUUAUUCAAGAAUUUUACUAAUUCUUGAAUGAUUGCCCAUUAAUUUGUAAAGUUUUGGGGGUCUUGUGGGUGUGUUGAUGUCUGCUGUAUUUGUCUCCCGAAAGAAUCUGUGUUAUUCCUCUCCUGCUUGCAACAAUUGAAAUUCCCACUGCAUUCACCCACCUACAAAUAAAUUGAUUUGAGUUUAUUGG